AAAAAGUUACCGCCAGCCUUAAACCCUAAUUAGAGACGUAGAGGUUGUGCGUCUCAGAAAAUAUCAACUGUGAAAUGCUUUCUUGUUUUACUGUCUGUUGCCUGUGAACAAUCUCUUCAGAAAAUAGCAAUGGGAAAGAAAAAGGGUAAUGAAGGAAAAAAUAAAUCAAAGAAGAAGAAGAAUAAGGUUCCAGGUUUGGCACCAGAUGCCGUGGCCAUGAAGAAGAGAAAAAAUGCUUCGGAGGCAAAUAUGUUUGAAACUCUGUGGGCACGCAAGAAAUUUAAUAUUCUAGGGAAAAAACAGAAGGGGCAAGGGCGUCGCGUGGGCCUCUCCCGCUCAUUAGCCAUGGAAAAGAGAAAGAAGACUCUCUUACAAGAAUACAAGCAAAGUGGGAAAGCUAAUAUGUUCUUGGAUAGACGGUUUGGGGAAAAUGAUGAGAGUCUUGGAGAUGAAGAUAAGGCUAUUAUUAGAUUCCAACGUGAGCGGCAGGGAAGGAUGGUUAAGCAAAGCAAGUUCGCUUUAUCAGAUGGAGAUGAUGAUAUUCUAACUCAUCAUGGUGCUGCCCUCUCAACUCUUGAUGACUUUGAAGAUGAUAUUGCUGAAGAUGAUGAAGACAUUUCAAGAGAUUUGGAGGACACAAUGACAAGGAAGCUAAAUUUUGGUUUGGGUUCUCAUCAAGAUAAAAUUCCAAAUGCUGGUGUGGUGGCAGAUGGUGAAAAUAAACACAAAUCUAAAAAGGAAAUCAUGGAGGAGAUUAUUGCUAAAAGUAAAUUCUAUAAGGCUCAAAAAGCUAAAGAAAAGGAAGAAGAUGAAGAUCUCAAGGAGAAGUUGGAUAAAGAUUUUACUGCUUUGACUCAAUCUGAGGGAUUACUUUCUCUAAUGCGGCCUCAUAAGGACAGGCUAAAAGAAUUACUGAACAAGGGUAGUUCUAAGGGGUUCAAAGAUGAAAGAAAAUUUUCUCUUGUAGAGAAAACAGAAUUUUCAAAGGACCAACCUGAUGACUAUGACAAACUUGUAAGGGAGAUGGUUUUAGAUAUUCGUGGACAUGCUUCUGAAAGGACAAAAACUCCUGAAGAAAUUGCGCAGGAUGAGAGGGAACGACUUGAAGCAUUAGAGAAAGAGCGCAGUAAAAGAAUGCUAGACAAUGAGGAUUUUGAUGAUGAUGACAAUGAUGAGAAAUAUAAGAAUGACUCUACAGGAAGAGAACAAAAAACGAGGAAAAUGCUAUCUGGCGAUGAUCUUGGUGACUCUUUCUUUUCAGAUGAAGAAUUGGACGAGAAAGGUUGGGUGGAUGAGGUUCUUGAAAGAAAUGAAGAGGAUAGUGAGGACAAUGAAUUGGAUGAUGGGAGUUCUGCUUCAGAAGAAACUGAUGAGGGUGGCGAAGAUGAUAGUGACUCCGAAGGCCUAAAUGAACAAGAUUGGGAACAGAGUGAUGAUGAGUAUGAUUACAGUGAGAAAAAAGGAGAGAUGUUAAAUGAAUUGAAGAAAUCUAUAAAGGAUAACACUGAAAUGGAAACCCAAAGCCAAAAAUCACACAAGGUCAAAGCUGUAAAUAUCACAGCUCAACAGAUAGAUUCUGCUGAUAAAAUGGAAACUCUACCCUUUGUUAUAAAUGCUCCAAAUAGUUUGAGAGAGUUAAGGUCUUUGCUGCAUAAUCGGUCAGAUGAUCAGAUAAUUGAGGCAAUUCGCCGUAUUCGAGUAUGCAAUGCUAUUAGCCUGGCUGCAGAGAAUCGUCAUAAGAUGCAAGUGUUCUAUGGUGUCCUCUUGCAGUAUUUUGCUGUUCUUGCAGAUGAAAAGCCCCUAAAAUUAAAUAAGUUAAAUUUACUGGUUCAGCCUCUGCUGGAGAUCAGCUUAGAAAUACCAUAUUUUGCAGCCAUUUGUGCACGACAACGUCUCAUCCGCAUUCGGAACCAGAUGACUGAGGAUCUUAGGAACCCAGAUAAGGGCAACUGCUGGCCAUCUUCAAAGACAUUAUUAUUAUUACGAAUUUGGUCACUGAUAUUUCCUUCCUCUGAUUUUCGACAUGUUGUUAUGACUCCUGCCAUUCUGUUAAUGUCAGAAUGUCUUAUGCGGUGCCCUGUCAAUUGUGGACGGGACAUUGCUGUUGGAACUUUCUUAUGCUCAAUGCUACUAUCGGUAACCAGAGAAGCUCGAAGGUUUUGUCCCGAGGCUAUCAACUUUGUACACGCUCUGUUGAUAUCAGCAGUAGCUACUAAAACCCUGGAUAAUAGGGCUGAACUUAAACACAAGUUGCCUACUUUUAUGUUGGAGCAUUUGGGAUUCAGGCCGUGGCUGUGUCUUUCCAGUAGGGUAUCAGUUUUACCUCGUCCAUUGGAUUUCGCAGCAAUCAUGGAGGCUGGUGAUAAUUCACCCCUCUUUGAAUCCAAUACAUACAGGGUUGGCAUUAUUUAUUCUGUAAUAGAAACAUUGAGAGGCUUUGUAAACAUAUAUCAUGACAUUGCUUCUUUUCCUGAAGUAUUUGCAACAUUUGUACCUCUAUUACAUGAAGUGGCUAAAGAGAAUAACAUCCCAGAGUCUCUCCAAACAAUAAUUACUGGCAUUGCUCAUCUAAUAAGUGAAAAAAUCGAGGAGCAUCACAUGCUACGGCAACCAUUAAGAAUGCGAAUGCAGAAGCCAGUUCCUAUCAAGCAAUUCAAUCCAAGAUUUGAAGAAAAUUUUGUGCAUGGGAGAGAUUAUGAUCCUGACAGAGAAAGGGCCCAGAGAAAGAAACUGCAGCGCCAAAUUAAGCAAGAAGCGAAGGGUGCUGCUCGUGAGUUACGCAAGGAUAAUUACUUUUUGCAGGAAGUGAAGGCACAGGAUAGGGCUGUGGCAGAGGAGGAGAGAGCAGAGAAGUAUAGGAAAGCAUUGGCUUUCCUGCAAGAGCAAGAAUCUGCUUUCAAGUCUGGACAGUUAGGAAAAGGUCGGAAAAAAGGAAAAUAACAUGGUGACAAUAUUUGCUGGAUGUUUGAGCUCAUUCUACUACUAGUAUUUGAAGCACCAUUCCUUUGGAUGGAAUCUUAUAGGCACCUUGUGAAACUAGUCUGCUGUUGGAGUUGAUUCACAGGAUGGCAUGUGCAGGGUUGCAAAGAGAUUCUGUCUUGAUAGAAGAAUGAAUUUGUAAUUUAUCUAAAUCUAUUAAUUGGAAAGCAGCGAGUAGAAAUGCAAAGGAAUUAUCUUUCUAAAGAUGUCCUUUUCUGGAGAAGAUUUUCAUUUUGUGCAGAAAUGAAUGUACAUUAUUUUCAUUAAAGCAUAUAGAAGAUUUUGAUAUGUCUACUUGUCUACCUCCCAUUUCCAUGGUAAGUUGAAUAAUAAAAUUAUUCAUUAUUCAUUA